UCAUUCUUUGAAUUUUACUCUUAGGUCUAAAAUCAUCAGCGGUCUGAGUUGAAAGAGAGGGUACGUAAUGGCAUCUUUUGAUAAUGAGGCAGAGCCUCUGCCUGUGACAAAUUAUUAUUUCGAAGAUGACAAGAAUGAACCUAUCUCGUUUCAUGUUUUGCCAAUUGAAUGGGGUAAGGAUAAGAGACAGAAUGGGAAGAAAGAAGUCAUAUAUUUGCGCGGCAUUGCCGAUAAUGGGCUUCAGACGGUACAUCGAGCUGUUAUAGCAUGGAAAUUUGACCUUUUUAGUGUGAAGCCGGUGAUAUCGGUGCUCUCCAAGCAAAACAAGUGGAUCGUGCUCCAGAGGCCGAGGAAGAGUUUUGAGAAGAUAAUAAGGGCAAUCUUGGUAACGCUCCACUGUCUUAGUUAUGUGAUCAGGAAUCCGGAAACGUCUGCCAAAUCUCUGUGGGAGUACUUGGCUAAUGUUUUUAGUUUGUAUGAGGCCAGGCCUUCUCAAAAUGAUCUCGCCGAGCAUAUGCCUUUAAUUAGGGAGGCUCUUAAAUGGGAGGAUUCUUUGGCAAAGUCCAAGUUUAUAGUCAACUUUCUUGAAGAGAGGCCCACAAAGAGGAAACUAUCUGAUGAGGAUAUCCAAGUUAGAAAAAAGCCAGGAUUGUCCACUGAUGACCUAUUCGAUACGGUUUGUGCUUUUUGUGAUAAUGGUGGCAACCUUUUGUGUUGUGAAGGGCGAUGCCUAAGGUCCUUUCAUGCAACUGUAAAGGACGGUGAGGACUUUACUUGUGAAUCUCUUGGAUUUACCCAGGAUGAAGUAGAUGCAAUUCGAAAAAUUGAUUUCUACUGCAAGAACUGUCAAUAUAAACAGCAUCAGUGCUAUGCUUGUGGGAAGUUAGGAUCCUCGGACAAAUCUUUAGGUGCUGAGGUCUUCCCCUGCACUUCUGCAAGGUGUGGUCAGUUUUAUCAUCCUCAUUGUAUUGCAAAAUUAAGAUAUCAUGAGACCGGAGUUUCUGCAGAAGAACUUGAGAAAAGAAUUAUGCUGGGGGAAUCUUUUACAUGUCCAAUUCACAAGUGCUGCUUUUGUAAGCAAGGAGAGAAUAAGAAGGAUCCUGAAUUGCAGUUUGCUGUGUGUAGGCGUUGUCCUACAUCCUACCACCGUAAAUGCUUGCCACGGGACAUUCGUUUUGCAAAAGGCAAGGAAGGUGAUGAGGAAGACAUGGAUACAAGAGCUUGGGAAGGUCUAUUACCUGACCGUGUGCUAAUAUAUUGCAUAAAACAUAGAAUAGUUAAAGCCUUUGGAACUCCAAGAAGGGACCAUGUUAAAUUUCCUGAUGUUGAUGACAAUAAAAUUUCUGCUGAGAAAAAGACUUUCUGUCAAGAGAAGAAGAGAAGAUUAACAUCAGAGUCCCUUGUAGUCAGUGAGAAUUGUGUGUCAAUGAGAAAAAGGCUUUCCUCAGAAGGAUUUCAUAAAGAAAAAAAUGCUCCUACAACAAAUAGGCAGAAAAUGACUUUAGCUGCAAAAGCUGGGAAGCACAGUAAACUCAAGUCUGCGAUAGUCAAACCUUCCUCAAGAAAAUCGAGCAGUCCCUCAUCUUCCUUGGAUUCGGCUAGAGUACUGAGGCAAGUGGAUUUGACAAUUUUAUUUGUAUUUCAUAAUGUUUCACUUUUCAUUUGGCAUAUAUGUAUAUCUGCAAGUACACUCAUAGCAUGUAGAUUUGCAUACAUAGAGGGAGGUUCUAAAAAGUACAUCCUCUCUACGAUAAGCCUGUACAUGUAUAUGUGUUUGUAUAUAAAUAUAUAGUAAACAUCCCUAGAUUUGGAUAUUGACAAAUUUUGCUGGAUAGUUUGAACGGUAUAAUUAAACCAUUUGAACGGCCCCUGAAUUUUGGGCCAAGUUAGCUCCUGAUUUACACACACACACACACAUAUAUAUAUUUGUUUUUUCAUUCUUGGGAUGACUUCACAAGGACUUGUCAUUACACUGAUUUUCUUAUUGUAAUCCAGAUUGGAUGCUCUAAUGAAACAUGCUUCCGCUUCAAUAACGCUGGAUGAUGUAAUAAGAAAGCACAGAGUUCCAUCCAACCAUGCGUCCUCAAAAAGAACUGCUGCGGAAAUGAACAUUACACUAGGAAAAGUGGAGGAUUCAGUUAAGGCUGUUUAAAAAGCGAUAAUGGAACUACAGGAAGGUUGUAGUACUAAAGAUGCAGAGGCUGUUUCUCCACCUGAGACUCUUGAUCAUAUUAAUAUUUGGAAGCCCUUUUAUCUCCCUGGAUCUUGAUCUAUCGGUGUGGAUGACCAGCAAAUGGACCAAUGAAAUGAGAGGCCACCUCAACUCUCUUUGGAGACUUGAUUGUUUGCCUAAAUUCAAGGCCAUAGCUCAAGAGCAAGGUCACAUUUCUAUAUCAGAAGGGUUUUGGGAAGAAAGCCAUUUGAAAUUGAAGAUCAUUUGAUAGGUAAUCAUGACCAAUAUGGUGAAACUUUCAUGUUCACUAGUGGUCAUCAUGGAGGAUCCCUUGGUUAUGAUUUUGAUGAUGGAGAAGUUGCAGCAAAGGGACAUAAAGAGAGAUCCUCUCAGAGUGGUAACAAAGAGAAGUUAUGAUCUUAGUCUUAUUGGCCACUGGAAUAACCAGGUUCAUGAGACUUGAGGACGGUUGGAAUGUGGUGACAUAAAAGAGCAUGCAAGGGAAAUGGUUGAAUUGUCAAUCAACGAAAGAUGCUAGGGAGGAAAGGUUUUUGGUAGUUGAGAUGUAAAAGGAAAGCAUGCACACGUCUAGCUGUGGGUUGGCACCACAAAAAUUAGAAUUGCUUCGGGAUCGAGUAUGCAUAAUAGAAUUGCUUAUAGGAUUGGUAGCUUGGCCAACACUCAGAUGAUAACGGUACAAACUUUGUCAUGGGUGAUGAUAGGCCUUCGUGGGAGUCAUCGAUGGUCUGUCGCUGCUGCAGAGUUUGGAGCAACUGUAAUGAGGAACAACAUAGAGAGAUCGGAUACCCUAGGUGUGGCUGUAUAUACCUAGCAAUAAUCUUUGUAGCCGAUAAUUAAGAUUUUCCAUCUAAUUUUCUAAAUUCUAAUACUCAUUUGUAUUUUGAUAACUUCAUAAAAAAGAAAAAAGAAAAAAACUAUCAUCCAUGUAUCUUCCUCUCACCAUCUUUGGCCCGCUGCCAAUUACAUGGUUAUUAAUUAGAGGAUCAAAAAUA